AUGACUUACAGACAGUUCUCGUCCUGGAGCCGCAGCAGCUGCGGGGGCGGCGGGGGCGGCGGGGGCGGCCUGCGCUCUUCCUUCAGCCGCUUCAGCAACUCCGGGGCCGGGGGCGGGGGCCGCUUCAGCUCUGCUAGUGGCUUCGGCGCCUGCGGCGGGGGAGGGGGCGGCUCCCUCUAUGGUGGAGGAGCCGGAGGGGGCUUCAGUGCCGGGAGCCUGGGUGGGGGCUUCGGGGCCGGUGGCGGUGGUUUCGGAGGUGGCAUCGGAGGAGGCUUCGGCGGCGCUGGGGGCUUUGGAGGAGGCCCCGGCGGGGCCGGUGGUGGCAUCCUGGGCACGGACGAGAAGACCACCAUGCAGAACCUCAACCACCGUCUGGCUUCGUACUUGGACAACGUGCAGCGGCUGGAGCAAGAAAACUACGAGCUGGAGAGGAAGAUUCAGGAGUGGUACGACACGCAGGGGCCCAAGUUCCUCCGGAAGGACUAUUCCCCGUACUACGACUCCAUCGAGGACCUCCAGAGACAGAUUCUGCACCUGACAGUGGGCAAUAACAAAACUCUCCUGGAUAUCGACAACACUCGAAUGACACUGGAUGACUUCAGGGUUAAGUACGAGAUGGAGCGGUCUUUGGGGCAGUCGGUGGAUGCUGACAUCAAUGGUCUGCAGCGGGUGCUGGAGAAUCUGAACAUGGAGAAGUCCGACUUGGAGAUACAGUACGAGUCUCUGCAGGACGAGAUGCAGGCCCUCAAGAAGAACCACCAGGAGGAGAUGAGCCAGCUGACCGGGCAGAGCGGUGGGGACGUCAAUGUGGAGAUCAACGUUGCCCCCAGCAGAGACCUCACCCAGAUCCUCAACGACAUGCGCCAGGACUACGAGCAGCUCAUCUCCAGGAACCGGAAGGAGAUCGAGGAACGCUAUGAGUCCCAGAUGACCCAUAUCGAACAGGAGGUGACAAGUAGUGGUCAAGAGAUGGAGAAGAACACCAAGGAGGCGACCCAGCUCAGGCACAGCGUGCAGGAGUUGGAGGUCGAGCUGCAGACUCAGCUCAGCACGAAAUCAGCCCUGGAGAAGGCCCUGGAGGACACGAAGAACCGCUACUACAUCCUGCUGCAGGAGAUGCAGCAGCAAAUCAGUAGUGUGGAGGAGCAGCUUGCCCAGGUCCGGGGCGAGAUCGAGUGCCAGAAUCUGGAGUACAGCAACCUGCUGAGCAUCAAGAUGCGGCUGGAGCAGGAGAUCAACACCUACCGCAGCCUCCUUGAGGGCGGCCAGGAGGACUUUGACUCUUCUGGAGCUGGACAAAUUGGCUUUGGAAGUAGCAAAGGAAGACAAGGAGGAAGUUGGUCUAGAGGAGGAAGUGGGGGCAGCUAUGGUGGAGGAAGUGGAGGAGGAAGUGGAGGCAGCCAUGGUGGAGGAAGUGGAGGCAGCUAUGGUGGAGGAAGUAGUUCUGGAGGAGGAAGGGGAGGCAGCCAUGGUGGAGGAAGUAGUUCUGGAGGAGGAAGGGGAGGCAGCCAUGGUGGAGGAAGUAGUUCUGGAGGAGGAAGUGGAGGCAGCCAUGGUGGAGGAAGUGGAGGCAGCCAUGGUGGAGGAAGUGGAGGCAGCCAUGGUGGAGGAAGUGGGUCUAAGGGAGGAAGUGGGGGCAGCUACGGAGGAGGAAGUAGUUCUGGAGGAGGAAGUGGAGGUGGCCAUAGUGGAGGAAGUGGAGGCGGCCAUGGAGGAAGUGGAGGCAGCUAUGGUGGAGGAAGUGGAUCUAAGGGAGGAAGUGGAAGACCGUCCCAGUCCCAGUCCUCCUCAAAACCUGAGGACUGUGAUGAUGUACAAGGCCACCAGCUACGAUACUAGAGCCCCUGCCGACUUUCCCCACCCAGCGCCAGCCGACCACCCCCCAGGCGGGCAGACUCCAGGUGCGCUUGCUUCCUGCGCCCUGCCAUCAGGCCUGACCGGCCACCAGCGUUGGUGCCCCUGUGGGGCUGGACUGAUGUGGCAUUGAGCCACUGGCCAUCCGUUGGCUCCCUUCCUUGCUGGGCUUUGAUGCCCUCGAGGUUGGGGAGCUGUCUCUUCCCCUGGGUGGCCCCUGGGUGACC